UCUCUCUCUCUCUCUCUCUCUCUCUCUCUCUCUCCCCCAAUGGGAAACAGGUUCUUGGCCUUGUCCAGGUGGGUUUUGAUGGUAGCACUUGUUGUUGGGUUAUCCGGAGAAACUUGUAUCGCGAAAGACGACGGUACUAACUGUACCUCUUCCUGCGGCAAUAUCCACAAGAUAAGCUAUCCUUUCCGACUAGAACAUGAUCCAAAGCACUGCGGCAAUGUAAUGUAUAAUCUGUCCUGUGAGAACAACAUUACACUUGUAGACCUACCUCCUUCAGGAAAAUACUAUGUCCAGGCAAUCAACUACGACAACCUAACAAUCCGACUCGUAGAUCCUGGCCUCCAGAAAAACAAUUGCUCCUCCAUGCCUCAAAAUUUAUCACCAUCUUUAACAUCAGAAGUUCCAUAUGAUGCAUCUGAAUGGCUUUCGACACCUGUAUUUUACAUCAAGUGUUCGAAUCCAGUGAAUUCUUCUCUGUAUGUGGACACUGCUCCAUGCUUGAAUAUAAAUGCUUCUUCUUUGGUCCAACAAAAGACGUACAGUUAUGUGAAGGUUGGGUCUAUGGAAGUGGGGGAUUUGAAUGAGGGUUGCAGUGCAGAGUGGGUGACUUUGGCGCUCUUCAACUACUCUGACUACAAUACCUCUUAUGAAUACAUACACAGUGCCCUCAUGUAUGGCUUUGACCUCAGAUUUUAUUGGCCUGAUGAAAGAUGCCAAGGCCAAUGGAGUACAAAUUUUAAAUGUUUUCCACACACCAUCCCAGGUUUCUUUCGAUUGCUAAGCGAGGUUAUUUACGUUCUCGUUUCUCGUGAACGCAUAACCCCUGAUCGAUGGUUUUUUCCGUUCUCAAGCAUCAGUAAGAUCUUGUAUUUCUUGCAUAUAAUCGAUUCUUUGAUUUUGUUCAUGACACUUUUCGAAAACCUAUAGUCAAGUCUUUGAUUUUGUCCCCACUUUUGCUAUAUUUCUUGCAGGACUUAUAUGGUUGAUACUCAUUUGCUUCGGUAAGGGCUUGUAUAUAUUACCCUUGAAUGACAUCAAAGAAUACAUAUUUCUGAAACAAAACAAGAAAAAUGUUGAAAGCAUUACUUGAUCUAACCAAUAAAUUUGUUUUCUCAUGAUUCUUUUUGGUGAUAUAUAUCUCUUGUCAGGCUUAUUUUUAACAGCAAGACUAAUUUUUGGGGGUCCAUGUGUGAUUGCGUUCGUGAUUUAUAAAUGGCGAAGAAGGCAUUUGUCGAGUUAUAGCAUCAUAGAAGAUUUUCUACAAAGUGAUAGCAACUUUUUGCCAAUAAGGUACUCUUACUCAGAAAUUAAAAAGAUGACCAGUAAAUUUAAGAAGAAGUUAGGUGAAGGUGGUUAUGGCUCUGUAUUCAAAGGGAAGUUGCGUAGUGGCCGUUUUGUAGCAAUUAAACUCUUGGGCAAGGCCAAAGGUAACGGGCAAGACU